GGGCGGGGCCUCGCCGCCUGCACCUGUCCGCGGGGCGCCCGGAGCCCCGCCCUUUCUCCUUGGCUCCUCCGCAACGCGGUGGCCGGCCGACCGGGCUGGGCUGUGUUUGCGCGCCGCGCCUGGGCGGGGGAAGCGAGUCCCCAGCCGCCGGGAAGGAGGAUGGCCUGCCUGCUGGACUCGCAGCCCGUGGCCCGCUUCCAGCGCUGCUGCGGGCUCUUCCCGGCCUCCGAGGGAGGGGCGGAGCAGGCCGGCAAGGUGGGGAACGGCAGCCCCCUCCACCUGCCCGCGAGGGACGUCGCCAAUGGGCGCAGCAGUCCGGCCAAGCAGCGCGCCCACCCUCCGGCCCCCGGCGCCGCCAGCAACGGCUGGAAGGUAAGAAAGUUACAAAGGGAGAGGAAGGGGUUAAUUGAAACAGCGGCGGGGAGGGGGAGAGGAAAAGGUACCGGGGCUCAAGUUGUAGUCUCUGACCCAGAAGCGCGUCCUAGAGACAGAUAAGGAGCUUGGCACGUUGGACGGAGGAAAUGGCACCUCCUUGAAUGCAGGUGAGUUGCGAGAGCGCGCGGAAUGCUUGCUAUCCCGAGGCAAUGGACUCGUCUCAGUCUUGCGCAGGUUUCCCCUGUCCGGGUCUCUCGCCCCACGAUCUCGCUCCUUUCCCCCCUCUUUUUCUCGCGGAGGCAGAUGGAUUUCCUGUUGUUCAAGUGAGGAAGGUUAAAGGAAGGAGGAAGGGAGGGGAAGAGGAAAGAACUGCAGCCCCCGUUCCUUGGCUCAGCAAUACAGUAAUUGAGUUGCAAGUAUAGGACAUCAGGGAUAGCCGAAGAUAUUGUGCAGGACGCUUUUCAUUUCCAGCCGAGCACUCCAGCCUUCGACCUCGGUUGUGCUGAGCUCGUGUUGACAUGGCAGAGCACAGAUAUGGAAGGCAGACUCUGCAAGAUCACGGAACGACAUUGUUGCAGAAGAAUUUGGCAGUGUUAUACCUACCUGACUUAACAUCUAGCAAAUUUCCUAGGCUGCUUUAUUUUUCAGGUUAAUUUUAAAUGAAAGCAAAUUGGGUGAUUAUAGGAUAACCGCUCCCCCCCCAAAAAAGGACUAGUGGGUGAUGAGAUACUUGCUUCAGAAUUUGUGAAUGAGUUGACACUUUCCAAAGAGUUGCUGAUGUGCAUUCAUUUAAAAUAAAGUACAAAAUCAUGGUCUAGUGUGACAGAAUUGAACUUGACCUUAGAUAGGUAGGGUGAUGUCAUUUUCAGUGAGAAACUAGGUGAAGAAUUGGACUCCACCCUUCAAUAAAACUGAAAAUGUGAACAUUGUAUUCCUUCCUGCUCCCAGAACUGAUUAACUUCUAUGAUGUCAGAAGAAAAUUAUAAUAAACCUCAGAUAUUGUGACAUCAUAAACCUAUUGGCUUGGAUCAAAAGAUGUUAACUUAAAAGGAAUUCCUCCAAUUUAGCCCUUACCCCAGAUUGUUUAAAGGUUCUGUUGAUCCCAAAGCAAUAGUUUUUGGGGGGAUCGCAGGUGGUUAUAGGGAAGAGUAAAGAAUGGGAAACUUUCCUAUUGUACAGUUCCUUAAGUAACCUUUGUAUCCUAGCCAUUGAUUUCCUUUGUACCACCAGACUGUAAUGAUUCUGUACUAACACAAGCAGGAACUUGAUAAGGUAAUGUUGGCUUACUCUUUGAAACUGUAACGCUUCCCUUGCGCAUGGCAAGGCUGCUUAAGUGUUAAGAGAUCUUCCCCCCUCACAAUACUAUGUCAUAGAAUUCCAUGGAGACCAUUGUGCACAAAGAGAAACAAUACUACUCUGUGAUAAUAGCUAUUAUGAUGUGCCCAAACUGAACUCUGUUGAAAAGAGACACAAACUAAUUAAUUCUGAUUGUGUGGGCACUGAUGCACCAAGAUUCAAGUGUGCUACCUGCGUAGCACUGCUAAAGAGGGUGUAUGUGUGACUUUUAUGAAAUACUUCAUUAUUCAGGUGGACCUAGUAAUAUCUGACCACUUCAAUUUGUUUAUCCUCUUGUCUCAAAAGGCUGGAGGUCUCUGAGCAGGGAUCUAUCACGUAAAUGUUCCAAAAGUCUCUUCCCUUUGUAUUCUGUCCUCCCAUGCUCAAUUUAUUAUCUUAUUUGUUUCCAGCUUAUUUUUUCUGCACUUUACAGUGCAGUCCUACAUACAUGUUUCCUUGGAAUCAAGUCCUAUUAUGAUCCAAGGACUUAUUCCCAGAAAAGUGCUUCUAGGGCUGCAGCUUUAAUUUUUCUUUCUUGUGCUAUUGUUGUUCCUUCUUAGGAACACAGGAACUUGUCUCAUGCCAAGUGCAGCUCUUCAGUGUCCUAGCGGGCAACAUUCUGAGCCCUAUCUAGAGAUAAUAAUUAUAUUAUUAUUAUUAUUAUUAUUAUUAUUAAUUUAUUUAUUUAUAAUAAACCAACUACUCAACCAACUACUUUCCCCCUGAACUGAGUUCAUUUUCCUCCCCCCUCCCCCUUCUUUUGUUCCAUAGCUUUCCCAUUUUUUCCUUUCAGAUCCUCUCCAAUCCAAUCCAAGCAAGCCGGUCUUUAUUCUGAUGUGAAAAACCCUUGCGUCAAUAGUUAUAGUCACAACUGUCGUACUAUUUCUCUUUGCAUACCUUUUGAAUGUAAGAAGUAAUGUAAUCUAGUUGCACUGUAACGCUUUACUUAUCUGAUGUUUGAAGAAGAUUAAUCUGUCUCCGUGCCCGCUGCUGAAUUAGCUUUAAUGAAUGGCUCCAAUGGUCAUCUCCUAGCAAAAUGCCAAACUAUGGUAUUUUCCUGUUUCACACAUAAUGGCAAACUAUGAUUUGCCACAAAAAACUAACUAUGGGAGAGCACAACAGGGACGGGGAAAGCACAGUAGUAACAGCAACUCAGCUGUUAUUGGAAGUGACUUGUUUGUUUAAAUGUAUAUUCACUCUGAGGGAGGAAAUAUGAGUUUUCAAGUUAGGCUUUGAUGAGAUUCUUGCAUAAUAUUUAUCCCCCUGUGCCUAGAUUGGAAUUUUCUUGAUAUGUUUAACGAAUGAUUUUGGCUAUAUGACCUACAGCCGGGUUUCCCUGCCUCUGGCUAUUUUUUGGACUACAGUUCCCAUCUUCCCUGACCACUGUUCCUGCUAGCUGAGGACAAUGGGAGCUGUAGCCCCAAAACAGCUGGAGACCCAAGUUUGGGAAACCCUUGUCUACAGCCAGGAUGGGGACUAUAUGGCCCUUCAGAUGGCAGUGGUCUGCAACUCUCAGCCUUGACCAUGUCAGCUGGGGCUUAGGAGAGUUAGCAUCCAACAACACGGGGAGGGUUAAAGGUUCUUCAUUCACGCUCUAGUGGGAUAAAUGAGCUUUUUCAUAUUCAGAAUAAUGGGAACAAUAAAAAAACUUCUUUCCACCUUAAAGAUCUCCAUUGCCUUGCUCUUUCCUACCAUUCCACUUACUCUGUCCUUCACAUGUGCUUUUUAAAUAUAUAACACGCAUACUAUAUGCUGGUGUGCAGAUUUUGUUUCUCCCCCACCCGUUCUCCAAGAUGCUUUUCCUCCCUCCUUCCCUCAAUCAACACAUUAGCUUAGAUCUAUGCAGAGCAGCUCCAAAGAGCAAAUUUCUAACACAGGUAUGGAGAACCUUUGGCCCUCCAGGUGUUAUUGAGCUGCAUCUCCCAUCAGCCCCCGCAAGCAUGGCCAGUGGCCAGCGAUGAUGGUAACUGUACAUCUGGAGGGCCAACGGUUCCCCAUGAAAAAGAUGGGGAGUCACUUAAUUUCUCUUUUAGGAAAGCCAGGCACUCACAUCUGAAUGCUGCGGUUCAUGGAGAAAGUUUGGGCCCUGUCAAAAGGAGGUGGGGAAUAAUUCUACCCUUCCUUCCUCUGGUGUGGCAAGCAGCUGAUUGGAAGAAUCCAAUUCUGUUUCUUCUCCAUGCCUGGUUCAUUUCUGGUGCUGGGCUUUGGGUUUCGACAAUUGACUUCAGAAAUGAUGAUUCAACUCUCUCCCUUUUGAGGUUAUAAUUAGAUAGAUAUAAUUAUGGAUAGAUGCAUGAAAGUGAUUGUGUCUGCCACUGUUACAUCUAGUUUGGCCCCCAGAAAGGUAGUUCUCCGCUUAAAAUCUAGCAAGAUCUCAUAUAGGGUCUGCUUAUGUUAUGGGAAACUGGCGUUGCCUUGUAGGUGUCUUAAGACCCUAGCUGCCACUUUUACAUGAUUUCAAAAUCAUUAAAUCUGCAAGGUAUGCUAAAAUCCUACUUGCCUUCAGCUCUGCACCAUUUGGUAACUGCACAGCAGAGCUAAUGUAUUUCAAAUCCUGGAGGCCAUAAUAUCUGAAAGACUCUUAAUUUUGGAUUGCAUUGCCUUCAGCAUUUUACAGAACGAUAUUAAUUUGGCACACAAAUUAUAGUUAAUUUAAAAAAUAAGCUUGACUAAGUAGAGUCAGGAUUGGCUAUUGUGCAUUGUGUGGGUCUGAUUACGAGUAACACUCAAAUUCUAAUCCCAAAUCUGAAAACACCUAUUUACUUGCCUUCGGCAGCUCAUUUUUCUACAUAAAGUAGGGGUGAUGGCUACAUUAGAGUAGGUGAGCUUAAUUUAUUAAUGUUGUACAACCCUUUGAAGAUACAAAGCUCUAAAUGAAUGCUGAGGAUUAGUAUUGUCGAAUCAUGUUCCUCAGUUGGGUAUUAAACUAUAGAAACUCAAUACAAUAUUGCAAUUCUUGUGCUGGUGAAAGCAAAGGAGGAGGAGCAGGUUUGAAGUUUUAUGACAUUAUGUUUAUUGCUGAAAGCAGAACAGGUAGGGGUAUUUGUGUAGAAAUGCAUGUGUUCAUGAAGAAAAAAUCUGGUUUACAACCACACGUUAUAAUCUUCUGCUUUAGAUGAAGGCUGAGCCAGAUCUGAUAAACUGAUGCAGCAGAAUUUUGUGGCACACAGACUUUCCUAAAUGGAAGGUAUUUUUGAAUGCUCCGUGGUGACAAAUAGUCCCUGUGUAUUGAAAACUAACAUGUCUUUUGAAAAUUAUUCUUGAAAUUACUGUCCCUCCCACAUCUGGAGCUGAGCUCAACUGAAUACUGUUUGUAACUAGAUCAUGUGUUUAAUACUUCAUAAGGGAAAUUUAAUAAUUUAAGACACUUGCAUCCUUCAGUAAAAUAUAACCAUUUUUAGAUUGCUAUGGGAGUCUCACAAAGAAUUUAGAUUUAAACAUCCAUGUAGCAUCUCUGGAAAAAUACAGGAUGGUGAGUUUAGACAUGUCUGCUGCCUAGAACCUGAACAGAGCCUUGAAUGCACACAUUUUUCAUUCUUGUGGGAGACUUGUGCCAUUGAGAGUGCCUACAGUCCUGUUUUCACAUCACUUUUCAAGGGAACAGGUUGUGAAAUAUACAGGGAAUGGUCCCAUCUACACUGCCACAGCCUCUUAGGAAGAAGGACAAUCGACUCACAAUUGUUGUAAUAUCCAGUGACAGCUGGAGGUAAGCUUGCAAGUUGCAGGUAUCUAGAUGCAGCCCUGGGUACAGUGUGUGGCUCUUUGCCCAUCAGAGAUUUAAGCUUCUCUCAAAGUCUUGUUGUAGCUGGUCCAGGAUAAUGUUACAAGAUAACUCAUGUGCAUCACAAUAGGAGAGCAUUCCCUACAUGCUUCUUGGAGUAAGAAAACAGAAAGGCUUAAUUGCUGCCAAUGAUGGCAAGAUGCUUAUAUCUGGAGGCUAUUCACAGAAGUCUUUAAAAACUUGUUGCCAACACAGCUGCCCUGCUCUUUAGCUGUUUUCCCUUCACCUUUAUCUUAACCACACACAACUCCUCUUGUCCCUAGGUUCUGUGGGAUUUCCCCACAGCCUAUUGUUUUUCAUCUCUCCCCUUUUUUGCACCGCUUCUCAUCCUCCCAUAUUUUCCAUCUUUCCUUUCAUCAUGUCAUACUUCUGUAUCCAGCUCGUCUCUGACCAUUGUUGAGCUUCCUGCCCAAUGUUCUUUGUAAACUGCUUAGAGGUGUUUUAUGCUAGUAAGUGGUGUGCAUUUUUUUAAAAUGUACACAUUUUGUUUUUAUUUAUUGCAGUAUUUCAUCCUGCCCUUUCUGCAAGCAACCUAGGAUGGUCUACUGUACAUAAUUUCCCACAUUUUGCCCUCAAAAUGUUCUUACCCUGGUAGGUAGAGAGAUGAGGGAGAAAUUCACUUUGCUUUUAAAGGCAAACCAACCCAAUUUUCACCAACAAUACAUGAACCAACUAUUUGCAAACAAUGCAUGAACCAAAGCGCAAUCAUCUUUCAAAAUUUGCACUACUCUGAAUUUUGCAGUGCAGUGUUCCCACCAAGCAGUGUGUUCAAAAAUACAUAUUCCACACUAAAGUGUGCAUGAAAUGAAAACAACAUUCAAAAAUGCAUUGUAUUGGGGAAAAUUGCCUUGCAAAAAUGUGCAUAUUAGGCUAAACUGCAUUAAAAAAUGUUUAUUUUGAGAAAUUCACACUUAAAUGCUGACGAAUUUUCAAGAGGACUUUAAAAAAAUCACAAACUGAUGUGAAAAUGUAAAGAACUGAACUUAAGAAUGGAAAACAGAGAAACUAAGAGAGAUCAACAUUGUCCGUUUCACCUAUUCCUAGUGGUAGACUUUGCUGAGAGAAGAAUGCAUUAAAGUCACACACUGAGCUUUGUGGCUGAAUGAGAUUUGAACAGCCACCAUACCAGACUGGCUGGCAGUUUGCUGCUCCCAGGGCACUGUUUCCAUUUAGCUUUACACUUUCUGUCGGCAUCCUUCCUCCAUGGAAAGCUGCCUUUAUACUGAAUCAGACCAUUGGUCCAUCUAGUGCAGUAUUGUCUACACUGACUGCUACUGGCUCUCCAGGCUUUCAGGCAGGGAUCUAUCCCAGUCCUACCUCCAGUGCUUGGAGUUUUUGGAGUAUACAAUCAUGCUGGCUGGGACUGAUGGGAGUUGUGCUUCAAAAUCUCUGGAAGACACAUGGUUAGCGGACGCUGCUACAGACCAUGGUACAAAAAGGAGAGACCUUAUGAAACAAGCUGCUGUUGCUACUCACUUUGUUGUUGUUCAGGCUGCUUAUCCAGUCUGACCUCAGAGUUCAGUUCAGAUGAAUUUACCACUGUUGAAGUCGUGCCCCAAAAGUGUCUCCAGUCUAUUUGCUUAUUCCAUUUCGUUAUGUAAAAUAACUUGUUGUGUAAAUAUUAUGCGUGGAAAUGAACACUGUGAUGAAGUGGUGCUGUUGCCUGGAAUGAAAAGGAAGUAUUAAAAAUGGAGUUGCCUUGAAGGAAAUUACUCUGAAAAUCAAGCAGGAAGAAAAUAUCAUUAACGCCAAUUAAGUUACGUGGUUCAAACUUCCCCACACAAUGCAUUUCAUAACUAUGAAUUUGUUUGGUUUCUGGCUGGACAGCUUCUCUCUCCCCCCCCCCCCCCCAAUUUUCAUCAGAUUUGCAUAGCUUGUUCACUUAAAUAAAAUUGAGGCAACCCAUCCAUGAGGCAAGGAGAGGUGACUGCCUCAGGUGGAAGGAUUCACAGGAGCAGCAAAUCUGGCCUUCAAGGAAUCCAUCUCUUGCUGCCGCUCUUGUGGUGGCAGCUAUGGUUGUGGCAUGCUUCUUGGAGACUAGAUCUGUCUCCUCCCUUUCAACACCUUCCCCACAAUGACGCCUCUACCUGGUGGCUUCUUGGUGAAUAGGAGGCUCUACUGGUCUCAUCCCACCCUUUGGGAGGAAAUGGUGGGGGCUCCUGGGCUCUGCACCCACUGGGUGUGAUUCAGAGUGGGCCCCUUCCCACGAUGGCCUUUGGUUCCCACUUCAACCAUUGGGUAAGGUUGAUUUGAGUGCCCCCUGUUCUCACUGUAGAUCUUUUUUCCCUCCUUCCAUGUUCCUGACAUAAAUCUUCACUCACACCUUCUUCCUUGAUGGGGAAGUCACCAUUUUGUGGUUCCUAUCUGAUGUCUUUCUUAUCUUGGCCUAUAUAAUGUUUAUGUUUGUUUGUUAUUGUUUUAUAUUAUCCUCAGCAGGAUAAGUGUUUCAUUAAUUGUUGAGGGCUAUAUUCGAAAGCUGGGACGUGGGUGGCUCUGUGGUUUAAACCACAGAGCCUAGGACUUGCCGAUCAGAAGGUCGGUGGUUCGAAUCCCCAUGAUGGGGUGAGCUUCUGUUGCUCGGUCCCUGCUGCUGCCAACCUAGCAGUUCGAAAGCACAUCAAAGUGCAAGUAGAUAAAUAGGUACCGCUCUGGCGGGAAGGUAAACAGCGUUUCUGUGCGCUGCUCUGGUUCACCAGAAGCGGCUUAGUCAUGCUGGCCAUGUGACCCGGAAGCUGUAUGCCUUCUCCCUCGGCCAAUAAAGCAAGAUGAGCGCCGCAACCCCAGAGUCGGUCACGACUGGACCUAAUGGUCAGGGGUCCCUUUACCUUUUAUAUUGAUUUUUAAAUCUUGUAUCCUGGAGUCUUUUGUCCGGUGACAAAUAGAUCUAGUGACGAUGAAAAAUGAAAAGCAUCACGUCUAGCUUGGCAUUGAGAACCCUAGAACUGGCUUCCUGUCCUGGGCCAGAAUUCCACCCAAUCCGGUUUCCUGCCUUCAAAAGUGCCUGGCCACAUGCCCUGCAAAACUUGCAAGAAUGCUACUUUUUGUACCGGCAACUUUGCCCCUCUUUAUAGUGCCUUGGGGAGGCAAGGAUGUCAGUGAGCAAAUGCUCAGUCUGCUGUCUCAGUCACUGAGAGUAAGAUGUCUGCAUCUGCUUUUGCAACUAUCCAUGCCACCUUAGAAAGGUGUCCCUUGUCCUUUGAGAGCAGUUGGCUGUUUGGGAAGGCAUAUGCCUUAGUGGAGAUUUUCCUUUUGUUUUCCAACCAACAGCUCCCCCUCCCUCCCAAUACGAGAAGCAAAGGAAAACUUAAAGGAAAUGCUGUAUCCUGUCCUCUGCCCCCACUGCCUGCACACAUCAACACUCGCAUAAGAAUUUUGGUGAUUUGUGGGUGUUAAUGGUAUUCUCAGACUAGAAAAACGCUUUUCUGUUGAGAAGAUAAAUACUGGUUGCAUGUGUCUUGUCCAGGGAAGAAGAUUUUCAUUGUGUGCCAUUCACUGUGAGAUAGUAACAUUUGGAUAAUAUUGCAAACAAAAUGAAAUGAAGAUUGAGGGGUUUUUUUAAAAAAACUCAGCCCAAUACGUUCUUGUUCUGAUCACAGGGACAAAUUGAAUUAUGGUGUCUUGGUUCUCCUCCUUGUUAUGUAUUCAGAACAAUACCUUAUCAUCAUGGUAUCUUGUACAACAUGAAUUUGAUUCAUUAUUUGCUUAUCAUUUAGUUGGUUUUAGCUUAGGAGCAAAUAAAAAGCAGACUGUUACUUCUUGAGCUAUGUUAGGCUUUUAAAUUUUUUGGUGCAUUACCAGCUUUGUUUGUUUUGCAUGAUAUAAUAGAUUAAUGUGGGUUAAAAGACACUUUUAACAAAUUAAAUUUUUAAAAAAUGUCAGUUAGGCAGGAAAUGCAUUGCACCCAUGUGUUAAAACAUGAGGACCCAAAUGUCACAUGCAAAGAGAUCAUUUGAAUAACAAAUUAGUUUCUGGAGGGCUGUUAGAGUAGCAAAGUAACAUUGGUUUCUCUUCAGCAAAACAUAUUAACCUUUACAAAACAAUUUCUCUUAGGACUGUUCACAAGAAUACGUUGUAAAGAAUUAUUUCUACUACUACCUGUUCAGGAUUUCCGCUGCAAUGGGUCAAGAGGUUUUCUACAUCACAUUCCUCCCAUUCAGUUACUGGAGCAUUAACCCCUAUGUUGCCAGAAGGCUGAUACUUAUGUGGUCUGUAAGUAUUGCUCGGAUUAUUACUAUAUAUGUGCAAGUUGUUAUAACAUUAUCAGCUGUUUUUUCUCCAGCUUUCUGGUUGCCAAUCAAGCUGUAUAACUUUUGACAUUUCUAGCAACGAAAGAUCUGGGGACACCCUAAAGACUAACAGAUUUUAAGCUUUCAUUGACUAGACUCUACUUCAUCUUGGAUCUAAAGGGAAUGGAUUCUAGUCAAUAAAAAUGCCUCAAACCAUAAUAAAACUGGUUGGUCUUUAAGAUACCACAGUACAUGCUUUUGUUUUGACUGCAGCAUAAUAGCAUGUCCACCACUCUAGAAACAGAAAGGAUGAAAGUGUGCCUUCUAAAAAGGUAACAUUAAAAAAGAGUACUUAUUUUAUAGGUUGAGCUUGAUUUAUAUGCAAUUUUAAUUUUUGUAUUAAAUUCAUUUUUUCAAAAAGUUUUGCCUGAAGUUCAAAGUUCUUGUCCCCAGUUUGGAAUGUACAAGUGUCACACUUUACACAACUGGUAUUGCAUCCAGUUGGUGGUUGAUUCCUAGCAUGUGUCCAUACUGUUUUGGGAUACACCAGGAUAAAAAUUUAGCAAACGUAACGGUUUGCUCUUGCAGUAUUUGAAAAUCUGUGUGGUUUUUUUUUGGGGGGGGGGUGUUUGCACAGUUGUGACAGAAAUCCUUAAGUUCAACAUUGUUUGGUAUCAAGUAGUGCAAAAUUAGUCAGUGGCACUUAUUUCACUGAUUUUUGAAUCAGCCCUAUACAAGAUGUCAUUCCAUAGUUUUAAUAUAUUACUUUGAAGCCGUAAAAAAAAAACAUGGCACCAACCAAUCCAACACUUUCAACUCCAACUCAAAGAUUCCAUUGUGAAGUAGAUGCAAGAAUCUGUACAGGCAUUCUUGCACCAGCACUGAAUAGCCUUUUGAGAAAAGGUAGAGCUUACCUUCAUUGAUAUUCACCCCCAAUAGUGUGUGUCCAAUGUCUCUGCAGGAGAUGGUUGGUUGGUGAGCUCUGUUGAAGGCGACAGCCCUAGCCACCAACUGAACUUUGAACACACCCACCUGAUAGACACCUGGGCAGAUAAAUUGUGUGCAUUGGCAGCCUCUUUUGCGCUGUGUUGAAGCCAGCAGGGAAUACUUGGCAAGGAUUCCUGUUUCUGUGGCCAGACCUCCCUCAGUGAAUCGGGGCAAUAUAACACUCAGUUACAGAACUCCCAAGCCAUUUUAUUGCUUCAGUUUUCACAUGGGUUAACGCUUGUUGCACAUUUACACAUCUCUGAAAUGCUCUCCACGCUCCGUGUUCUAAAGACAAACAAACCUACCUUGCCACGUGCAUAUGGAGAUCAUAUGAUCCUCCCAUGCAGCUGUACCCACCUCAGUGACAGACAGUGUAAAUUGGCCUUCAUAUGCUCUAGCUGAACUGAACCUGGCAAACCUUGCUUUUUAAGUUGAAGUACUCAUGCCAGCUGGUUGCCCUGGCUCUCCCUCAUCGAUGAUUUUAGACUUGCUAGCUUUUCAGGAGUUUUAGGCCCAGGCUUUCUGGAGGACUGUAUUCACCCAUACUCACCUGCCUGGACUCUGAGAUCUUUGGGUGAAGCCCUUCUCUCAGUCCCACCACCUUCAUAGGCGCGCUUGGUGGGGAUGCGGGAAAGGGCCUUCUCAGUGGCUGCUCCCGGGCCUUGGAAUUGUCUCCCUAAAGAAACUAGACUGGCUCCCUCCUUGUUGUCCUUCCGCUGGCAAGCAAAGACUAUUUUAUUCCAAAAGGCCUUUGGGAACUGUUUUUUAUUUUGUUUUUAAGAAAUGGCUUUGCUAUGUUGUACUGUUUUUGGUAGCUAUAUUUUAAAAGGUUUAAGUUCUGUUAGAUUUUAAUUACUUUUCAGCUACAGUGGUACCUCAGGUUACAUACGCUUCCGGUUACAGACUCCGCUAACCCAGAAACAGUGCUUCAGGUUAAGAACUUGCUUCAGGAUAAGAACAGAUAUUGUGCUCUGGAGACGCGGCAGCAGCAGGAGGCGCCAUUAGCUAAAGUGGUGCUUCAGGUUAAGAACAGUUUCAGGUUAAGAACAGACCUCUGGAACGAAUUAAGUACUUAACCCAAGGUACCACUGUAUUAUCUUUUAGCCUUUUGUAUUUUAUCUGUGUUGUUUCAAUUUGUGUAAGCCACCUUGAGUCUUGCUCUGGGGGGGGGGGGAGAAAGAUGGGAUAUCAAUAAAUGUUAUUGUCAUUGAUGUUAUCAGAACUGGACACUGAACAGUUUGGGAUAACCGACCGAAAGCAGACAGUGAGCUCCCCCCCCCCCUCCGCUCUGUAUUCAUUCUCCAAAAUCCGCAUUCAUGCCCAUAUUUUGAAGCUGCUUAAUAAUAUAAUUCUUGACAUAAACUUAAAACUUUUUGCAGCUGUGUGUAGUAGUGACCUCUGCUGGAGCCUGCUGGGUGUUACUAAGAAAGACCAAAUUGAUGCAUGGAGUCUGUUCUCCCUCUCCCUUGUAGUUCAGGUGCUUUUUGGAAAAUCUCAAACAGAAAAGAUGAGGGGGAGAGACCAAUACGUUCCAUUUUUUUUAUUAUUAUUUUUUUGAGUAAGAUGCAUUACUUUAGGCAAUAUCUCUGGGUCCAAAGGAGAGUGUCUCCCUGCUAGAAAUAGACAUCGUUUUCAUUCCCUGCAUGCUGGAGAUAAUAUAUAGGUACGUUCAAUAGUUUUCCCCAAGGCUGGGUGCAUUAGAAUGGUCAUUCUUUGGUUAACACACAGGCAAGCCAGUUGCUUAAUUUGCAUGAUAAAAAGCAUGUAGAGUUGUGGCUCAGUGGUAGAGAAUCUCCUUUGCAUUCAGAAAGUUCCAGGUUCAAUUCCCUGCAUCUCUACAUGGCAUUGGGAGAUGCCAUGUUUCAAUCCAGCGUGAAACCCUGGAGAUCUGCUGCCAGGCUGUGUGGACAAUACCAAGCUAGGGGAAUAGAUGGUCUACCUUGGUUUAUGGCAGCUUUCUAGGUUUCUAAUUUGGGGGGUGCAUUUUUAGGCUUGUUACUAUAUCACAGCGUUUAAGUACUGGGAAUGAUGCAGUGGCCACUUCCAUCUGAAAACUAUAUUUCUGCUAGAAUUAACACACACACAAAGUGAAUUUAUAGGUAACUUGUGUUUAACAAUGUUCCACGCUGCCUGGUAAUGGGAGAUGUUGCUGCUGCACUCCUGCAUGCUCCUCAGAUAUUGCCAUUUGACAUUCCAGAGCAAAAACUAUGAAGUCUGCCACUUGGGGAGACAAACCUAAAAAGUAUUUUGGUAUGUACCUGCUUUCUCACACCAGCCCUGACAUCCUCUGCUUCAGGAAUGUCUUGAAAACCUCAAUUUCAUAAGGACAUGAGAAGAGCCUGAUAGAUCAGGCCAACAGCCCAACUAGUCAGGAUCCUGAACUCACGGUAGCCAACCAGAUGCCUGUGGGAGUCAUGCAAGCAGGAUGUGAGCCCCAGAUCCCUCUCCCCUCCUGCAGUUUCUAGCAAAAAGGAAUUCAGAAGCAUUACUGCCUCCCAUGGCUAAGAGUCAUUGAUAGCCUUCUCCUCCAUGAAUUUGUUUACUCCCCCUUUAAAGCUCUCCAAGCUGGUGGCCAUUGCGGCUUCCUUCCUGUGGGAGUGAGUUCUAUUGUUUGCGAAGAAGUACUGUAUUUUUUGCUCUAUAAGACUCACUUUUUCCCUCCUAAAAAGUAAGGGGAAAUGUGUGUGCAUCUUAUGGAGCGAAUGCAGGCUGCACAGCUAUCACAGAAGCCAGAACAGCAAGAGGGAUUGCUGCUUUCACUGCACUGAGAUUCAGAUUUUUUUUCUUCUUGUUUUCCUCCUCCAAAAACUAGGCACGUCUUGUGGUCUGGUGCGUCUUAUAGAGCGAAAAAUACGGUACUUCCUUUUAUCUGUCUUAAAUCUCCCAACAUUCACAAGUUCCAGUGUUAUGGGAGGGGGGAGACAUUUCUCUGUGAACUUCCUCUAUGCCGUGCAUCAUUUUAUCAACUCCUAUUGUGUCGCCACUCACCUUGUCUCUAAACUGAGAAGUCCCAAAUGCUGCAAGCUUUCCUCAUAGGGAAGUUGCUUCAUCAGCUUUCACCAGCUUCUUCCAAUGUUAACUUGGACGUUAUAUAUUGCCUCAUUCUUCACAUGACAGGAAUGGUUUCAGCAGGUUUUUUAACGGAAGCUGAGGUUCUGAGCAAGUAACCUAAAUGGAAUGAAUUGCCAUGCAGUUUUCCAGUUACAUUGUUGAUCUUAUUUGACUGCAUUGACUUGGCUAGAAGAUACAAAGCAGUCUUUAUUUGUACUAAAUUAAGACUAGUGUAGAAAUAUGUAGGCUUUACAGAUUUGCAGCAGCACACACCCCUUCAAUGCCUUAACAGGCAUGUAUCUAAGUUUUAGCAGUUCUUUAGCAAUUUGCAAAUUGGGUGAAAAUAAGAGCGCUUUGCUCCAAUCUCCUUGAUUUGUUUUAUUGGAGAUAAGGAGUAUGGCUUUGAGGGAUCUGUAGUUGGGGAGGAAACUGAAUGACAAAGUGAUCAACUCUGAAAAGCAGGUGGUGUAAUUUAUAUAAAUAACACAUUAGUAUGUGUCCCAAAGUUAGUUUACUGGAACACUCAUGGAUCAAGGAAGUUGGUUUUCCCAUUGCCAGGUUCAACAAGGAAAUACAAAGAACAAAACUCCUAUUCAAAACAGGCUUUUAAAGUAUGUGGGAGAAGGAUUUUCCACCUGCUUAAUCUCAGUGGUACUCGGGUACACCUUGUAAGCAGAUUGUUAAGCUAUUUGACUAUAAUGGUUCUGCAUAUUGUUCAGAACCUGCGGGGACAGGAAUUGCUCCAUAGCAGGAAUAAACCUCCAGUUCUCGAUCUUUGGCUUUCGGAGUUCUGCCCAGGCUUCACCCUUCUCCACAACAUGCCCAGUUCUGCACACACUGUGAGGGCUUUUACCUGACUGGACUAAGAAGUUUGUGGGAGGUCGUCUAGAAACCACACUGACCUUUGUGUAUGAAAAGUUCCUCGGGAGGGAGUGUGGCCCUGAGGCUGGCAAAAAUUCCACACGCCUCCCUGCUUUAUAGAUUUACAAAUGCACACCGGCAUGUUCUGCCAUCUCAGGGACACAAGCAGCAUAUAUAUGUAUUGCAUAUAUAUUGAAAGGCUAAGCAGUGUGGACUUUGGCAGGGGAGUGUCUCAUGUAAACGGAUAGAUUGCAGAAAAACAAGAUGCCUGGCAGUAACUGGUGGAGAAGUAUUAGUGGUUGGACGAUUUAUUCCACCCUACCCCACCCCAGAAGACCAAGAGUGUCUCUACAAAGUGUGUACUGAGGUUUUUUCCAGCAUUUUCAUGAUUGAUCUCAUUUUUGCUGUUCAGAGCAUCUGUUCAGACCUCUCAAAGAUUUCAUCAACAAUGAAUGUGCCUCAUUGUAUUCAAUCAUUAGAUUUUAAAAGUGUGUGUCCUGCUUUUUGAUGUAAAAUACAACCAUUGCAACUGUGUCAAGAGUAAUUUUGACACAAAUUUUAAAAUGAGGCUUGUCUCAAAAGUACUAUUUUACAAUUUUACAACAUGCAGAGAAUAAUAUGUAUAAACAAAUCAGAGAGAGGAGCUGAGGGAAGUCUUUGGAGGCUGGGAGAGGGAGGGGGAAAUGUAAUUGGUUACAUUUGAUUCAUAAUUUGAUUUGUUAAAUUUGUUUAAUAACAAAUAUUUUUAAAAAGUACUAAAAAGCCAGAGGCAGCAAUGGAACUAAGUAUUCUUUUUUAAAAGCAGGAUACAGAAUUAGAACAAAUGUUUAUGAAAUAAAAGACUCUAGUAUGCAGGAUUGUUGAAAAGUGUGUGUGUGUGUGUGUGUUUGUGUGUCCAUAUUGAAAACCUUGUUCAUAAGACUCCUUCAAAAUAAGAAUUAGAGCUCGAGGACCACGGAAUCCACCAAGCUGAUUGGGUGCUGGCCACUAAAUUCAUUUCUACAAAAUCCCCAUUGGGAGUUAAAUUACAACUGAACAUCAUCUAUCCGUACAAAUACAAAAACCACUGCAUUAGUGAUCCUUCCCAUUGAUCUGUGCUGGUAAAUGGCAUCAAGCUCUUCAGGUGGGCAUGCUCUGUGGUUUUUUAAAUAACUCUCAUAAUCAUGAGGUCAGAUGAUAAGUUUCCAGAAGAAGUCUCUCAAAAUUUCAAAAGAGCUUUCUAAUAGAAAAGCAUUUCACAAACUUGAGAGCAUCAAUACAUUGCUUCCCCAAGGAAGAAAAGAACCAGCAGUUUGCUAAUAACUGUGGGUUCUCAAAUAAUCCUGUGCAUUAGGUCCCCUAAUUACAACUGUGUGUUCCAAUUUUGUAUCGUACUUGGAAUAUUUAAUUCCAUUUGCCUCUGGUGUGCGUCACUUCUUGGGGGUUUUAGAGGAAACCUGACAUCAUGCGAUCAGUGUAAUUGCAUGCAGCCACAAGAAGAAUUCCCACAGCCUCCAAUCGCUAGUCAACAAAUGCACCCUGCCUCAAAGCCCAGACAGUUAAUGCAGAGAAGGGGACAGAAUUCCUGGAGAAAGGAUCCCAAUGCCACGUAGCUGCUGGAGAAGGGAUGAAGGUCCAAAAUAUUAUUGGAUAGAGCACAGGCAGCUAACACCUGGCCCAGGAACCUGAUUUAACCCUCAAGCAAAAUUUUCCAGCACCCCAAGAUCCCACCAGUUUUGGUGGUGGUGAUGAAAAACAAAACAAAAAUAAUAAAGACACAAUGUUGUGGUGGGGCAAAAGGUUUGAACUUUUCUGAGCUUGGAAAAAGAUGCAAAUUGCACCUUUCUGGGCCACCAGGUAGGUCAUUUGAGAAAAUAAGAGUUGGUAACUGGCUCUCCUUGACUGAUCUACUUAUGCCCCUGUGUGUACACGUGUGCAAGAGUGUGGUGUGGCCACAGCUACUUGUGGCAUGCUGAUUCCCAGAGGGUUGACCAAGGGGAAAUAUGGUCCUUGAGAUAGAGGCAAAGAAUUGGGAAGGGAAAGGUGCCACUAAAAGAGUAGUGUGUGGGACCACAAGAAUUGUGCUAUCCGUGGCGCAAAUGAGGCAAUGAAUAUGUGGUGGUUGAAAAGUGCUGGAAAAUCUAUCGGGAGAAGGCCAUGAGGAGGAAAGGCAUCUUUCAAGUUGAUGUGCCACUUUUCUGCCAUCGUUGGUAGAAUCAAGGCAGCUUAAUAGAAGGUUAUAAACACAAUGGAAUAAGAACUCCUGCAACAUGAUAUAAUAUAAUUAAUGGCAAUGCAAUCAGGAGAACAAGCCAUUCUUACAGCAAUAGGAAAAGCAGAAGAUCUGCUCUACCUAUCCACCCACCCAAACAUUUACACAAGAAUGAAGCAACAUCUGGAAAAAGGGGUGCAUCUUGGAGUAUUUUAAAUUUAUUUUUGAGACUUCGUUAAACGAAUCCCGGUGAUUCAGCAGCACUCUAAUUAGCCAUCUUGGAGAGCACAUAAACAUCUAAAUGCAGCUGUCUUCUGUUACAGUAAAUGUUUCUCUCUCUAAAAUUAGGCCCACUUCCAAGUGGAAAAAGCCUUUGUGUUGAAGGUUGCAUUUGAACGCCGACUAAUUGGUUAAGAGCCUAUAAUUCGGUAUUGGGUAGGCAAGGAAGGAGGUUGGAUGUGUGCUUCCACUGCUUGGAUUUGAAAUCUGAGACCAAGUAAUUCCUUGUAUGGAUUAGAAAUUUAAGUAUAUAGGAGUUGUGAGAGAACAUGAAACCAAAGGUGCAAGCAGCAUUUAUAUCUAAAGUAACACAAAAGUGAGGGGGAGGGAGCAAGAAAUCCCUCUCACUCCAAACCCACAAUAAUUAAAAUAAGUGAACAAGGAAGUUCUGCCACAUGUCUAACUUGACAUGCUCUUUUACUCCUUUACUGGUACUCUAAAUUAUGGACUAUACACCAGAUUUGUUUCUAAUCUUGGGCUAUCAAAAUGGUCCAAUCACAUUUAGGCUGCCUUCAUAUAUAUUUCAGAAGUUCAGGAGCUUUCCUCUCUAUUUCUGCUGGAAGAGGAGAGAAAUGUGUUGCCUUUUGUAUUCCCAUACUUUCCCCCCUUUGUUUACUGUAGUACCCCUUUCUCCUUCUGUUUCCUAGACCUAUACUUUGACUGCACCACUUUGUACCUUCCCCCUCCUUUAAGCUUCCAGUCUCUUGCAUACGUACAACACUUCCUGUUUUUAGAUCGUGGGCUGCAGCUUUCCUUGGAAAUGAAGGAGUUAAAACCGAGCUCUAAGAGGAAGCAAAGCAUUGUGAGGUGUUUCUGUGCUUUACUUCAGUUUUCUAAAUGCUGUGCAGAAAAUUAGUCAUGCUUUUCCCCCUCAGUUUUUGUGAGUCACACAAUUUUAAUCCCCAUGCAUUGCUUUGAAAUUGUCAGCCCUGCUAUCUUGCACUAUCCAUUAUGUUUCCAUUUUGCUGCUGCGGUAAUGGGACCAAGAGCUCUAAAUUCAUUCUCUUCCAGUGCAAAAAAUGAAGAAGCAUGAAAAGCAUACUGUUUGUAUUCUAGUUGCUGUUUAAAAAUUCCCCCUGUAGUUGGUCUGUAUGGGUCAAGAUCUGUAAUGAAAUAAUAAUAAUAAUAAUAAUAAUAAUAAUAAUAAUAAUAAUAAUAAUUUGUUUUUUGUUUGUUUGUUUGUUUAUACCCCACCCAUCUGACUGGGUUUCCCCAGCCACUCUGGGUGGCUCCCAACCAAAUGUUAAAAACACAAUACAACAUUAAACAUUAAAAACUUCCCUAAACAGGGCUGCCUUCAGAUGUCUUUUAAAAGUCAGAUAGUUGCUUAUUUCCUUGACAUAUGCUGGGAGGGCAUUUUACAGGGCAGGCACCACUACUGAGAAGGCCCUCUGCCAGGUUCCCUGUAACAUCACUUCUCACAGUGAGGGAACCGCCAGAAGGCCCUUGGCACUGGACCUUAGUGUCUGGGCUGAAUGAUGGGGGGUGGAGACACUCCUUCAGGCAUCCUGGGCCGAGGCCAUUUAGGGCUUUAAAGAUCAGCACCAACACUUUGAAUAGUGCUCAGAAACGUACUGGGAGUCAAUGCAGAUUUCUCAAGACCAGUGUUAUGUGGUCUCGGCGGCCACUCCCCGGCACUAGUCUAGCUGCCGGACAUCCCUUUAAAAACAAAACAAAAAAACAACCUUUGACAGAAAGUCUUUAAAAAGAAGAAAAGAGAGACCUGGAAUACUAGCUGUAAAUAAAAAUUGCUUUGAGAAAGGACAUAAGACUCUUCAUAUUUGCAAAAUCACCAUCAGCUCCAUCAUGGGAUCAUAGACAAUUCUGUCCCAAGAAAACAUUGCAUAGUGAGAAGACAGGGAAUAGGAAACUUCAGGCCUGGGGGCCAAAGGUGACUCUCCAGGCCUCUUUACCUGACCCGUAAGAUUCUCUCCAGGCCACACACUUUCCAAAGACACACUCCCCUCACUAGCCCUACUUUCCACUCCCCUUGUGAGUUUUUCGUUGGCUGGGAUGUGUCCUCGAACUUGCAUAAUGAUUGCCUAAGCACACGUUUUGUUUGUGUGUGUGAAGAAGCCAGCCUACAGUCCAAAGGCAAAAUUCACAUUUUGUUGCUCUGCCCUCUUUUGCCCCUGGCACCAUCCCCACCACCGGCGCGUGGUCCGCAGAAGCUUACCCCCAAGGAAAUCAGGUCCCACUAGCCAGAAAAGGAUUCCCCGGCCCUGCUAAUAUGGUUUUCAGGUUUUGACUUGUAGAGAGACCUAAUGAGCAACAGUUGGAUUAAAAAGUUUAAAACAAACCUGUCUGGCACCAGCAUCUAAUUUUGCACGACCAUCCCCAGGGAUGGGCCUUCAUGUGCAAACUGGCAUACAAUUCCUGCCCAGGAUUCUUUCCUUGUAUGGAAGUUUCACACUCUUUCAGGACACACAGUAAGUGCAUCAAUAGCAGGUGGUGGUUCCACAAACCAUUCAUUGCUCAUGCUUUCAAUUACAGUGGUACCUUGGGUUACAUAUGCUUCAGGUUGCAUACAUUUCAGGUUACAGACUCCACUAACCCAGAAAUAGUGCUGCGGGUUAAGAACUUUGCUUCAGGAUGAGAACAGAAAUCGUGCUCUGGCGGUGCGGCGGCAGCAGGAGGCCCCAUUAGCUAAAGUGGUGCUUAAGGUUAAGAACAGUUUCAGGUUAAGAACGGACCUCCAGAACGAAUUAAGUAAUUAACCCGAGGUACCACUGUAUUACUAUUAAUUCAAUUUAUAUCCCACACUUCUUCCUGUCAGAGCCCAGAGCAGCAAACAUAGAAAUAAUUGUGAUAUUAAAUGGAUAUUAUCUUAUCUUGAAUAAAGCCUUAUUAGUAAUUCUGCUUCUCUCACACACCGGGGGGGGGGGGGACCUGCCCUCAAGAGUGGCAUUUCAGGUCUACUUUGUCAUGAGCCAGAGUCACUUGGCCAUAGUUUUCUUCCAUUCCAUUUCACAGCUUUUUGGGUGAACAUGCAUGAAUAUUUGUCCCCAAAAUUGAGCUUACUAGCAACAGUAAAGCAUUUAAAGAAAGAAAGAAUGCAUUAUAGAAGCUACUCAAAUGCAUCCUUAAAACAGUCUUCACAGUUGCCAGGAAUCAUCAAAUGCCUGAAUAAACAGAACAGCUUUUUAAACACACACACACACACACACACACACACACACCCGCUUCCUGAAAAUCAAUAAUCAGGAAGACAGACAGACAGGCCUUAUCAGGGAGGGCAUUCCACAAACAGGUAACUGCCAUUGAAAUGGCCCUGUCAUGCCAUGGUCAACAUCAGCUGGGCAGCCCAGUUGUGUGAUGUGAGUGCAUCUUAAAGCUAUCCUACAAAUUAGUGGCCUUAAAAAAGCAAAGACUAAAGCCAAUGGUUUUCCCUGUAGUGAUGUAUGGAAGUGAGAGCUGGACCAUAAAGUAGGCUGAUAGCCGAAGAAUUGAUGCUUUUGAAUUAUGGUGCUGGAGGAGACUCUUGAGAGUCCCAUGGACUGCAAGAAGAUCAAACUGAUCCAUUCUUAAGGAAAUCAGCCCUGAGUGCUCACUGGAAGGACAGAUCCUGAAGUUGAGGCUCCAAUACUUUGGGCACCUCAUGAGAAGAGAAGUCUCCCUGGAAAAGACCCUGGUGUUGGGAAAGAUUGAGGGCACAAGGAGAAGGGGACGACAGAGGACGAGAUGGUUGGACAGUCUUCUCGAAGCUACCAGCAUGAGUUUGACCAGGAGGCAGUGGAAGACAGGAGUGCCUGGCAUACUCUGGUCCAUGGGGUCACGAAGAGUCGGACACGACUAAACGACCACAACAAAGCCAAUGGCAGCUAAAAGAUGUUGCUGCUAACCAAACUUGUGACAUCAGCUUUUGAAUUCUCAGCCAUCCAACAAAAUACAAGAAGUGAUUUGCUUUGAUAUCAUCGCUGGCUACGUUGUACGUGACAGCAGUAGUGAGGCAGAGUACUGUUCACUUUUUAAGUGUUUUGACUCCCAGUGUCUUGUCUUCAACCAUUCUGCAGUUGUGGUUCUGAACCAGAACAGUUGCUUCUUGUUCAGCAAAACUCAUUUGUAAAAGUGAGGACAAAAUGAUGACAGAAGAGCAUUCACACAAAAAGCUAAAAUUCCCCCCAAAUACUGUAUGCUGAUGUGACCUGAUGAGAAAAGACCUAGUUAGCCUUUUGCUAUGAUCUUGACCUCAUGACCCAGUUGAAAAAGUCACUACAGGCACUGUCCGUUACUAAAUGUGUCCCAUGGUCAUCAAAGGAAUUGUAACACUUCAGAAAUGAGUGAUUCAUGCAGGAAUUGAAGGCAAAAGCUGCCGUUCAUGGGCCUUCAGUCUUGCUUUUGGGAUGGGGAUGGGGUGUUCUUCAAUAGUUCUGUGACCUUCACUGCUGCAUGUGUGAGAGCAUUCUGGGAAAGUUCCUUGUAUGUGACAGCCAAAUAUUGACUCUUUAGCACCAUGUCUCUAUUCUUUAAGACCUUCACAGACAUAUUUAAUCAAGAUUUAAUCAACUUAAAAGGAGCUGCGUAAAGGCAGUAUAAUAUAUUUGGGGUUUUAGCUCAUCAAGGAGGAUUGUGAAUUAAGCACAAAAGGAGGCCAGGAGGAGUCUUGGAAAUAAAAGCAGGGAGAUGAUAAGAAACUUAUCCUUGAGAGGAACAUCUGAGAAUGUAUAGGGAGAGAGAAAUUUCAUACGGUGCUUGGUAGGGAAGAAGCAGGGAGAUAGAAAGCACAAAUCCCAUGGAUAGCAAACCACUUAGAACUUCUAUGCCGUGAAUCAUUUUAUCAACUCCUAUUGUAUCACCACUCACCUUGUCUCUAAACUGAGAAGUCCCAAAUGCUGCAAGCUUUCCUCAUAGGGAAGUUGCUUCAUCAGCUUUCAUCAGCUUCUUCCAAUGUUAACUUGGAUGUUAUAUAUUGCCUCAUUCUUCACAUGACAGGAAUGGUUUUAGCAGGUUUCGUUCAUGAGAAACUGAAGUUCUGAGCAAGUAACCUAAAUGGAAUGAACUGCCAUGCAGUUUUCCAGUUACAUUAUUGAUCUUAUUUGACUGCAUUGACUUGGCUAGAAGAUGCAAAGCAGUCUUUAUUUGUACUAAAUUAAGACUGGUGUAGAAAUAUGUAGGCUUUAGAGAUUUGCAGCAGCACACACCCCUCCAAUGCCUUAACAGGCAUGUAUCUAAGUUUUAGCAGUUCUUUAGCAAUUUGUAAAUUGUUGCCACAUGGGUGAAAAUUAGAGCAUUUUGCUCCAAUCUCCUUGAUUUGUUUUAUUGGAGAUAAGGAGUAUGGUUUUGAGGGAUCUGUAGUUGGGGAGGAAACUGAAUGACAAAGUGAUCAACUCUGAAAAGCAGGUGGUGUAAAACAUAUAUAUAUAUUGCACUAGUAUGUGUCCCAAAGUUUCCUGGAACUCGCAUGGAUCAAUGAAGUUGGUUUUCCCAUUGCCAGGUUGCACAAGGAAAUACAGAGAACACAACUCCUAUUCAAAACAGGCUUUUUAAAGUAUGUGGGAGAAAGAUUUUCCUCUUGCAGAGAUGUGCCUCUUGCAGAGAUGUGCUAGCACAAAUUUCCUCUUGCAGAGAUGUGCUAGCACAAAUUGAUAUUUUUUCAGUUUUUAAUAAUCCAGCUCUUCAUGGCUUGCCAUAUCUUUAACCAAGACAUAUCUUUGCACAAGAAACUAUGUUCAUAAAAAGUGGAGCCCUUUUUCCCCCCUUUUAAAGAUGAAAUUUGCUCUUUUGGUUUUGAUGGUCCCUGCUGUGAAGUUUAGCAUUUUUAACCUGCUUCUUUCUAUGCACUCCAGUAAUAUUUCCUGUUGUUAUUUCGUUCACAGCAAUAUAAACUACAGAAAGGCAGAGGUAAAUUAUGCAACUAUGCUGGUGUAACUUACCUCUUUUCCAAACUCUAAACAGGAGCAGGGGCUCAGCCAACCCAAGCCUAGCAGAGGGGAAAUAACCUCUUAAAACAGAGUUUGACGUACACCACUUUUUUUCCAGUAUAACUUUCUCUGGGUUACUUAGUCACAUGUCUCUCCCCCCACCCAAUGUCUUGUCCCCACCAUUCCCCUGGAACAUCCUUUUGUGGGGACUUAAUUCAGUGUCAGCUUUGCUAGCUGAGCCCCAGUUGAGCUGAGAUCAAGGAGCUAUGCUGGCAUAUAUCUGGCUGAGCUGGAGCUAUGCCUAUAUGCUGGUCUCAAAAGUACCAUGCCAAGAUGACAGGAGUGAAUUCCUGUAACUGAAAAUGUGUCUGAGACUUGAGAGGGGGGUGCUACUUGGGUGAAAGGCGGGAUAUAAAUGAAAUGAAAUAAGCACAUCUCUGUUAUCUGUGUGCUGUCUCCAGGUGGUUAUGUACAUUGGCCAAGUCUCAAAGGACCUGCUCAAGUGGCCCCGCCCUUGUUCUCCACCUGUUGUCAAGCUAGAAAAAAGGACCACUGCAGAGUAUGGAAUGCCAUCCACACAUGCAAUGGCAGCAACCGCCAUUUCUUUUACAUUUGUGGUUACAACUGUGGACAAGUACAAGGUAGGCAUGCAGUGUAGUGUACUGGAUAAGGCAGAACUUUCCAAACUUUUUGUGUUGGUGACACACUCUUUAGACAUGCAUCAUUUCAUGACACAGUACAGUAGUACCUCAGGUUACAGAUGCUUCAGGUUACAGACGCUUCAGGUUACAGAUUCUGCUAACCCAGAAAUAGUACCUCAGGUUAAGAACUUUGCUUCAUGAUGAGAACAGAAAUCAUGCUCUGGUGGCGCAGCGGGAGGCCCCAUUAGCUAAAGUGGUGCUUCAGGUUAAGAACAGUUUCAGGUUAAGAAUGGACCUCCGGAAAAAAUUAAGUUCUUAACCCAAGGUAUCACUGUAAUUCAGUUUUACUAGCAAACUGGAGGUUAAACUAACCCCUUUCCAGCCCCAGAAAGUGUAGCUCUCCAAAAACUCUGGCUUAAAUCUAAGAAGUGUAGGCUUGGUGUGUCCCCUUUCUCUCCCUCCCACACCGUCUCAGGAAAACUUGCCCCACUGAUCUUGCUACACAGAGGCAGCUCUGGCUGAAUCCAGCAUGAUCUGAAAGCCUUUCCCCACUUACUCUGCAGCCAGACCCCACAUUCUACACGUUCAUCUGCAUAAUGGCAUCAUGACCACUUUGUUUUCAAGCCAUUACCCAAUAGUUUCUGUUAUGGGCCUUUUCCAGUGAUCUGAAUCUCUCUUUCUGAGGUGAGCUUUUCUCUCAGAUCAUUCCUAAGGAUUUAUAGCCAAUUUAUUUGUUUGUGCUGAUGUGAAGUUAGAAUAUUCUGUUCCAUUUGGCUCCUGUCUACUAUUCUGUUACAUAACCAUACAGUUUGGAGACCUUAUUUAGGAGCCCUUCACAAUUGAAUUUUGUAUUCUCUACUGACUUUGCCAUCUGCAAAUGUGGCUACAUCCACUGCUUUACUCCAUAUAUUUAUGAACAGGUCUAACGGCACAGGUCCAAAUACAGGGGUGAGGUCCUCCUCACUAUCUGUUGUCUUCUUCAUGCAGUGUUGGUCUAAAUAGAGUGCAGCUUUUGCAUUUUCCAUUCCUAGGGCUCAGUAGCACCUGUGGAGGUUGAAAUAUUUAUCCUUUUCCAACAAUUGUAGCUGACGAAUUUAUUCUAAGGAUAACAUUACAAAUUAUCACCGCUAGAUAUUUCAGUCCAGGUUGUUUGGAAACGUUACUUGAAUUCAUCCAACUUCUGAUAUUCCAGAAUGCAGUUGGUUCUGAAUUAGAAUGGCCUGGCCUUUGAUAAAAGUCAGAUGGUGCUUUAUUUGAUUCUUUGUGAUAUAUGCAACUGCUAUUAAUGUUUCUUUCACUCCCCUUUUAUGUUUACAGUACCCACUUGAACUAGGACUGCUGGGAGCCUUCUUAUUUUCAACUCUGGUAUGCCUCAGCAGAAUUUACACUGGAAUGCACACAGUUUUGGUAAGGUCUCUCCUUAGUUUAUUGCCCAUUUAUUAGGGAUUUAUAUCCUGAAGCAUGAGCAUAAACCAGUACACGUUAAAAGCAAAUGACACACAAAAACUGCCUAAAUCGUAGUUAAGCCCUCUUCUAGAAAUAGCACAUAAACUUGCAGCUCAACCUAUUCUGCAUCCAUUUGCUCUCUUUUUGACCUAUCUUGUCCAUGCAAAGCUCAUGUAUGUAACAUAUAAUAAACAAGUAAGGCUGUUGUCAUGUUGCAGUUCUCUUGGUGGCUGACAGGUGGCUGCUGCAAAUAACAGCAUGAUGGUAAACUUCUGAUAGCUGUUGGCCAUUGGAUGAGGAAGACAGAAGAAGGCGGGUAUAAAUAAAGGGAGGGGUGGCUUUGGUGACCUCUAAAGGGAGCAAGUGGGGUAGAUGGGGUUGGUAAGUGAAGCAGAGGCACAGCCCCUGGUUUAUAAAUAAUACCCUAUGCUUGAACAUCGUCAGCCUCUCUCACUGCACCCAUAGAUUGAGCACCAUUCUUUAGGCAUCUCUUGUAUUUACUGUAGGUACCCCUUGGGGCAAAGCCUUACUGGUAGAAUUAAGUACAAUAGCUUGCUGGCUUAGUGGUGAGCUGGACUUUCUGCUCCUCCUUCUCCCAGGGCUACAAGUAUUUCUGGUGACUGGGAAGGGCUGCAAAGCUGGUGAUUUGCUUGCUGGAAUGCGUCAUCUUGACUCAUAGUAUAUUAUAUGACUACUCCUACAUGUAACCCCUUUCAUUGAAAAUUAGGCCUGAUGUAGCUUAUGUAGUGAGAAGAGGUGUGCAUCAUUUUUCACAGUGCCACUAGCUGAUUAUAUACCAUGAGCCUGCUGGAUUCACACAUGACAUUUGCUUGUUUACCAUCCUCAUCAGGCACAUUGGUAAAGGUCUUGACCUCAGUAGAUCAAACCAAUAAUUUGAAAGGGAGGAUGUCUCCAGUCUAGAUUUAACUAAUGACCUAAAGUCAGUCAGUAAAAAUUCUCUGCAUAUUUCCCUUGAUAAGUGAUAAGAAGAGACUUUUCUAAAUUCAGAUGGGGUUGGUGGUAAAGAAGAGAGAAGCCUUUGUUGACAUUCUUGAAAGAACAAAGCUACUUUAAUUUGGGUUUGGAGGGGAGUCCCCUUCCUUUCAAUAGAUUUAAAUUAUAGUUCUGUGAGAUUUUUUUGCUAUCACAAGAACAUGAAAUACAGUGCAGUCCUGUGCAUGCCUGUUCAGAAGUAAGGUCCAUUCAAUGAGACUUAGUCCCAGGUACGUGACUGUUGAAUUGUAGCCUUAAAAGAUUUUAAUAUGGUUGCAUAAUUGGUUUAUAUAUUUUUUGUAAAUCACUUAGAGGCCUACUGUGGCAUUUAGCAGUAUAUAAAAUAAUAAAGAAUAAUAAUAAUGUAGCAACAAAAAAAUGUUCUACAAUUUAAAUCUAUUUGAAUAAACUUAGUUAUCUGUAUCUAAUGUAGAAGAUUUCUUGAAUCUUAUCCUACUUCUAGAAUAACUUCCACUCUUCUUUCACAACACCCUGGAAUGUUGUCGAUUCCAGCAUCAUGGAGGAUGUAAAAUGGUGGUCUGACCAUCAACACAGUUGCUGCUACUAUCACCUGCAGUGAAAAAAACAAAACUAAAAAAUAAUAGCAAAAUUGGAAGUCUGUACUAAUGGUGAAUUCUAUGCCUGAGAAACUGUUGGAGAGAUUCCUUGUUUUGCUCUUGCCCUAAGAAAUUCAACGGUGCCCACAAUAUAUUUGCAUCUGCAACCAAAGAUAGAGAAUUUCAAGAGGCCAUUAGUGCAUAGCUCUAGGGUGAACCACUUGGAGGUUCUGUUUACCAUCAAGUGGUAUAUACAUUUUGUUUAAAUAAUAAGUAGCAUAUUAUUACAAAAGUUGGGUGUCACCCCCCCACACACACACACUCUCUACCGAGCCGUAGCAAAAUUUGAGGGGGUUUCCAGGUGCUCACCCAGGGUCUGUGCUCCUUUGGAAAAUUGAAGAUGUGGUGGAGACGGUCUUAGCUUUAAGAAAUAUGAUUGAUUCAGCUAUUUACACCUUCAGGCUGCAUGGAGGGAGUCGAGAUCUUACAGCAUGGUCAUCUCAAGCAGGGCUUGUUUCCCACAGCAGUGCAACUCUGGAGUCAAAGGCAUCACAACCAGUCAGCCUUCAGCCUGCCGUCCCAAGAUGGAUCUCAGUCUUCUCUUUUCACCCCCUCUCUUCUUCUUCCCGGCACAUCUUACUAAAAAGCACUCUUUUCCUAUCACCGCUCUCACCCACCCACCCAUCAUCUUGGCAACCUCUUUCUGCCCAGGCCCAAGAAGAGCCAUUAACACCUUUUGUCAUGUUAAUGCCUCUAUCCCAGGUGAGUCCCUGGCUUGGAAAGGAACCUUAGCCUGUAUUUAUCCACUGGCCUGCAAUCUUCCCUUCAAUACUCCAAAUAAUCAAAAUCAAAAUUUCUAGGGUUUAGCUCCCCCCCACCCUGCAUACCGAUAACAAUAUUCUUCAUUUUACAUUCACCAUGGACUGCAGAUGUGUUGACAUGAUUUUAACAUGUUCUUCUCGCAUGUAAUUGACAGUAGCUGAAAUCCUCUAAACGGUUCUUUCUUUCUUUCUUUCUUUCUUUCUUUCUUUCUUUCUUUCUUUCUUUCUUUCUUCUCUUAAUAAAUUCCACUCUGACCUGACAAAGCUGGUUUCAGGCUGCUCAGCAGCAAUCCAGACUUCAGUGUUAACAUAUGUUUUUGCCUGAAGAUGCCUGUGCUGAUCUACGGAGAGGCAUAACUUAAAUCCUUUGAACUGCAUUCAUCUACUUUUGCGAUGGUUUUCUCCUUAAUCUUUUCAUUAAUAGAGCUUCCUCCUUGUGCAAAAGUGGAUGAAGGAAACAUAAUCCUCCUUUGAAAUUAAGAGAUUUAACAGAUUAUGGGCGGGGAAGGGCUUGGCAUGAACAGAAACCUGUUGUUUAAACUUGCUUUAGAGAUGCGUUCCUGAAACUAUUAGCUUCAGUGAAUUUGUCGCCAGUUUUUAUUUGGGGGUUAUGUUGAUGGUUUCAUUGUCCUUUGGCAAGCAAAAAGAAUGAAAAUAUCUAUAGGGUUCUCCAUGUGUACGGUGUGCACCAGAGGUGCCAAUAUUUGGACACACUUAGAUAUUUUUGAGUGAGCACUGUCAGCGUCACUCUGGUCACUUCUGCCCCCUAUCCCAGCCCCACACACAGCAGGAUGAGUGUGUCAGCAAACACACUUUGCUUUUACAAGGGCUCUGGGUUAAAGUCAGAUCUGGUAGACUUGAAGUGAGCUUUGAAAGCACCCAAGAGACAGAAAAUGCAAAAGACUCUGAUUCUUCCAGCUUCCUCCUUCCUUCAGCUGCAUGCCCUUUUUCAAGGGAAAAAAAGCUAACACCUUUGUGCUGGUGCUGCAGUAGAAGUUUCAAAUAUGACCAUAAACGCAAUAGCUUUAAAAUAGUAAUGAUAACAACAAUGGGAGGAUUAUGGAGGAAACAGAGAAAUUCAUAGAGGGUUGGGAAGAAUGUGGUCUGGAUUCUCUGGAGCAAAUUGAGAAAGUACUACAUAAAUACUCAGGAUAAAAGUCCUCCUUCUUCUUGUUUUAGCCUUUGAGUUUUGCUGCAUAGGAAUAUGGUUGCAGGUCUUACUGUUGAUGAUGCAAAUACAUGAAAUGGUAGGAAAAUAACUUUUAGCAAAGAACUGGUGCAGAAUGCACAGAAUGUUACCAGGCAAGGAAAUCACCUGCAAGGAAAAAAGUUUUCUGGGUUGAUAUCUCUCCCAUUCCCCACCCCCCGUGUUUGUCAACUAAAUAAGGUAAUUUAUUUUUUGUGCUGCCAGGUAGAUGAACCUAUAUGCACACUUUUAAAUGGGCAUGCAAUUGUUCAAGUCCUUAUCCAAAUGCAUUCUAAAGGAAGUGAUUCAUCUGUUAAUCAUUAACCUGGUAAUACAUAAAGCAAGAUGACACAAGUUCCAGGGCCAUAGCCUCAGAGGCCAGGGGUUGCUAUGAGGCUUUAGAGCCCUUCCUGAAUUUUCAGCAUUUUAUUAUUUCAUUUGAUUAAAGUUAAUCUUUAGCCCCUGUACUUCAUUCUUGAACAACCAUGCAUGUUUUCCUUUAUAUGCCCGUAAGUAAACUGUGGCCCCACCUUCCUCUGUUCCACCUAACUGGUUUGCAAAAGGCACUAAGAGGAGACAAGCAUUUUAAACUUUUUUGGUUAUGAAGUUAUACCUUUAACCUAAAUUAAUUUGCUUAAUUUGCCUGUAUUGAGGCUUCCUGGGUAGCCUUAAGGUCCAUUUAAUUUGUCAGCGGUCUUGCAAAGCUCCAAAAUGCAUUAACUUCAAUACAAUUUGGCUCUGUUUUUCAUAGGUUUUCUGCUCAGCAUAGUUACAUGUUCAAUAUACGUAAUAUGCUCAAGCAUCACAACUCAGUGAUCUUUAGCAAUUCAUCAGAUACCUAUUCUUAAAGUUACUUUAGGAGAAGGAUGGUCUGCUUGAAGGAAAUGAGAAUGCGCUGUAUGCCUAACACCUCUAUGUCUUUCUAGGACGUGAUUGCUGGCAGCCUGAUCUCAGCCAUAUUAACUGCUCUGUCUUAUCCAACUUGGGACCUCCUUGAUCACCUGAUGCUGACCAGCCCUUGGUGCCCCAUGUUCUGCAUCGUUGUCCCCCUCAUCCUAUGCUACAACUACCCCAAACUGGAUUACUAUAGCCCCACUAGGGCAGACACAACCACUAUUCUGGGAGCUGGAGCUGGAGCAAUUAUAGGGUUCUGGAUAAACAACCACUACGUUUCAAAUGUUUUAGCUGAAGAAGCGACACACAGCAUCCGUUCGGUCACUGGCGAAAUGCUCUUGAUGGUUCUUGCACAGUUUUUGGUGGGAAUUGCUGUACUGCUCAUUAUACGGCAGAUCAUCAAAAGCCUGGCUCUUAAAUCACUGUGUUCUUGGUACAAGGUUUCUAUUAAUGACAUUGAAGCUAUGCAGCAAAUAGAAAUUGAAGUGCCCUAUAAAUUUAUAACCUAUUCUACCAUCGGCCUGAGUGCUACGGUGCUUGUGCCAUUGCUGCAUAAAUUAUUGGGCUUAAACUGAAUGCUGCACACUUUUUUUAAAAGAAGCAGUCCAGAUUAUAGGGUGCAAUAAAAAUGCACGCAGAAGCAAAAACUUGAGCAGCAAAGUGUCGUGCCUUCCUGCAUAGCUCUACAACAUAGAUAAUAGUGGAGAUCUAAACUGAGUUUCCAGUAAUUUUUGUUCGCUGCAAUCUUUUAACACGCUGUGGCUGCUUCAGCGACUAUGGCUGUCCGAGCUAAACAUUUAGUGCAACUAGAAGCCUGCCAUGACAGUCAGAUCUGCUCUUCCUAGAUCUAGUGGUUUGAAGAGUUUCUUCAGGGUUGUCAAACCUCAAAAUAAGCCCUUCAAGGGAUGCAGCCAGAUCAGGGUGGUUGGAGAAGAGCCUCCUUUUUAAAGAAAACAAAGCAAAACUACAAAGUACAGUGGUACCUUGGGUUACAGACGCUUCAGGUUACAGACGCCGCUAACCCAGAAAUAGUACCUUGGGUUAAGAACUUUGCUUCAGAAUGAGAACAGAAAUCAUGCAGCGCGGCAGCGGGAGGCCCCAUUAGCUAAAGUGGUACCUCAGGUUAAGAACAGUUUCAGGUUAAGAACAGACCUCCAGAAUGAAUUAAGUUCUUAACCUGAGGUACCACUGUAAUUAUAUUUACAAGCUUAACAGUCUGAGAAUUGGGAGGAAGAUAAGCACUCUCAGGGAGAAAUAAGAUGCUGUAUACAGGGAAGCUGGGUUGGCACUGAAUCUGGCUGCCCAUCUAGCAGGAUGACGAACACUGGAGUAAUAUCUUGCAAAACAGACUCCCAGUCAUACAAAUUCACACGUAUGGGUAUAAUUAUGUUGUGCUCUUAACAUAUCCAUGUUAUUAAAUUAAGCUGUGUCAUGUCUGAAGCUGUGUUCUGGUAUGCUACGGCAUUGGCCCAGAAUGUUGAAAACAAUCACUGCUGCUGUAACUUGUAGGCCACCAAGAAAUGAAUUGCAAGAACCAAGUAACGGAUGGCAAGUGCAAAUGUGAUUGCAGAUUUAUUUUUUUAACUAAUAACAAAGUUAGAUCUUCAUGUCCUCUUUCUUUCCUCUAAUUGCUGUUGUGCAAAGUGGUAUUUCCCAUUGACAAUGAAGGCUCCAGCAAGAACUGUGAAACAACUGCUUCCCUUUUUGGAGCUUGAGGACAGGAUGAAAUUAGCAUUGGUCUGACUUCGGCGCUGCCAUUCCAAGUGUUGGUAAAUUACUAUCUGCCUGCCGCUUUGCAUAGAUUCCCACUGUAGGGAAGCAAAUAUAGCACACUUAUCAGAGCUUUUAAAUGAAAUGCUGCUUGGACAUGCAGAUUUGAGAAUUAACUGGAGUCUAAAUGUUAACCUAACUUUAAUAUAAACAAAAAAAACCCCAAACUAGGAAAGGCUUAGGAUGGGAGAGGGCUAUUCUACUCAUGUCUUGCCCAUGGGUUUCCUAUAACUGGUUAGCCACCGUAAGAAAAGAAUCUUGGAACUAGAAGAUCCUUCCAUCUGAUCCAUUAAGACUGUUCAUAUAUCCUUAAGCUUCAGUAUUACAUUAAGGGUAUAACUCCUACGUAUAGUCCUGGAAUUGGAACAUGUCCUAUAAGAAAUACAGGGCUCUCAUCUUUUCCGCCAUGCUCAUUUCUUAAAUAACAUGUUCUGUAAAAUGUGGGGGUUGUAUGAAGGCAAAGACCUGAAACCCACAGGGAUUCUAAUGACAAUACAGAACUUCCCUGGAGCAGAAUUUUACAAUGUAAGUGGGGUUCCCUUCAUCAUGCUAAAGUAGAUGCACUUGCAAGGGAGUGCUGGCAUAUAUGGUAUACUUGCUAAACCCCUCAAUCUGCAUCUAAAUUGGAGGUGAAUCUGUUGAGCUGGUAGGCAAGAAUAUGGUUUGUAAGAGAAUAUAAGGGUGCCUCCCAUCUGCCAGCUACUGCAUUCUCAUCAUCUCAGCAAAAUAUCGGUGUAACAGCAAGCUUGCACAAAAAUGUGUGGUUGUGUCCCUGGACAGGGGUAUAUAUAUAUUUGCAAAUAAAUUUAUGUGUCCCCACCUUUGCAAUGGCUUCAGAUUUAGCUGUAGCUCGAAAACUGCUUUUUUAAAUGCAUCUAUUUUAUUCUUUUAUGAUCACGUAUAUAUGCUGCGAUUUAUAAACCACAACCUGCACAAUUUCUAUUUUUGUAUUUUACUGUAAGUUGUAAAGUGUAUUCUGAAAAUUCUGACUUUAUUCAAACUGAAAAUGUUUCCAGAAACUAUUUUUUAUUAAAGCUUAUUUUGUCACAUAC